AUGCCCUUCAGGGACCUUCGCGAGUUCAUCGCCUUUCUCGAAAACCAAGGCGACCUCAAGAGAAUCUCCGCUCCCGUUAGCUCUGAGCUGGAGAUCACCGAAAUAGCCCAUCGGCUCCUACGAGCCGAUGGGCCGGCUCUGUUGUUCGAAAACGUGGUUGGUCACAGCAUGCCCGUGGCCAUCAACCUGUUCUGCUCCGAGCGGCGCAUGAACUGGGCCCUGGAGGUCCAGGACGCUGACACCCUGGCCGCCCGUCUCGAAGCAAUGAUCGACAUGGUCCAGGGCGGACCCCCACAAGGGAUGCUGAACAAGCUGCGUACCCUUGGGCGUUUGGUCCACGUCGGCGCCUUCCAGCCCAAAACCGUCAGCGACCCCCCGUGUCAGCAGGUCGUCCUGACCGGAGAGGACGUCGACCUAUACACCCUGCCGAUCAUCAAAUGCUGGCCGCAGGACGCGGGCCCGUACAUAACCCUGCCUCUGGUCAUCACCCGAGACCCUGACACCGGCACGCAGAACUACGGCAUCUAUCGGAUGCAGGUGUUUGACCGCAACACCACUGGGAUGCACUGGCAGACCCAUAAGGUGGGCGCGCGCCAUUACCGGGCCAGCACCGAAAAGCUUGAGGUGGCUGUCGCCCUCGGCGGCGAUCCGGCCUCGAUAUGGACCGGUUCGGCCCCCCUGCCGCCUGACAUCGACGAGAUGAUUCUGGCGGGCUUCAUUCGCGAUCAGGGUGUCGAGUUGGCCCAGGCCGUGUCGGUUGACCUCAAGGUGCCGGCCCAUGCCGAAAUCGUCCUGGAAGGGUACGUCAUCCCCGGCGAAGAACGGAUGGAAGGCCCUUUCGGAGAUCACACCGGCUACUACUCCCUUGCCGAACCCUACCCGGUUUUCCACGUCACCACCAUCACGCGCCGCCACAAUCCGAUUUAUCCCACCACCUUUGUCGGGCGGCCGCCCACCGAAGACUACUGGAUGGGGAAGGUCACCGAACGCGUCUUCAUGCCGCUGAUACGCCUCAUCCUGCCGGAGGUCGUCGACAUUAAUAUGCCGGCGGAAGGUAUUUUCCAUAACCUGAUCCUAGUAUCGAUGAAAAAGGAGUACCCCGGACACGCCCGCAAGGUGAUGUACGGGCUCUGGGGCCUGGGCCUGCUCAGCUUGACCAAGGUCAUCGUGGUCGUGGACGAUUUCGUUGACGUCCAGAACCCAUCCGAAGUGGCAUGGCGCGUCGCCAACAACAUCAACCCGGCCACCGAUCUCGUCCUGGUUGAUGGCCCCAUCGACGACCUCGACGUGGCAUCUCCUACCCCACGCUUUGGCAGCAAGGUCGGCAUCGACGCCACCCGCAAGGGACCCGAGGAAGGCUAUCAUCGCCAGUGGCCGCCGGACAUUGAAAUGAGCCCGGAUAUCCGGGACCGGGUCACCGAGAGAUGGGCCGAGUUGGGUCUGGGCGACAUCAUCCCUUCGGAUCGGUCAGCCUCCUGA